AUGGAGCUCCGUUCAGCACUCCAGUCCGUCUGCCGCACGACGGUAGCGGCCGCCUCCAUGGCCAGCGCCGCCCGGCCCAACAUGGUCGUCGGUCGCCAUACUGCCUUCUUCUCUACCAGCGCCCGCGCGCAAUACCCGCCGCCGCCCAACCCCUACGUUUCGGGCAAGUUGCGCAUCGAUUCUCUCCGAGCGGCUCUCGCGAACCGGAAGCCCGGCGGCACCACCACCUCAUCCUCCUCUGCUCUCCCUCCCCGUCCCCCCUCCGCCAACGACAACCCCUGGACCAUCGUCGACGCCAUCAACAAGGACAGCAGCGCCCCCUCUUCUUCGGGAAGCGGCACCCUUUACUCCUCCAGGCACUCCCCCAGGCACUCUUCCUCGCCCAUGCAGACCUGGAACGAGACCGAUUUCGAGACCCGCCACAUGGCUCCCCAGCAGGAGCUCAACAUCCGCCUCCGUCCGUCAACGGGCAGGACGUUCUACGUGUCGGGACAUCAGGAUUUCGCGACCGCGCUGAAGCAGCUGAACAGGGCGGUUGCGAUGAAUCAGGUGAGGAAGGAUGUGCGGUUGCAGAGGUUCCACGAGCGUCCGGCGCUCAAGAGGAAGAGGAAGCUGAGAGAGAGGUGGAGAGUUCGCUUCAAGGAUGGCUUCAAGGCGGCGGUUAACAGGGCCUUCGAGUUGAAGAACCAGGGGUGGUAA